AAUACAUUUUAAAUGCUGUUAAAAAUAGAGUUCAAGUAAUGGCACUGUCACAGGUUCAGUGUCUCGAUGACAAUCACAUCAACUUGCGCACUAACGAGUCCAAACCGGAGUUCUUCUACAGCGAGCAGCAGAGACUCGCGCUGGAGACACUCAUACACGAGGGACGGGACGCUUAUGAGGACUACAUCAAAACACACAACAUCCGCUGCUUUCUCUCGGACCUCGAAGUUGAGAGGAUCCUCAGCACCGUGGAGGUGUACAGCCCGGGCUCCCCUGAUGAUAGCGCUGAGCUGCUGCUGGGGGACAGUGAUGGGGAGCACAUGUCCCUUCAGUACUGGCCUGACCGCUCGGACCGCUCCAUCCCGCUGCUGGACAUCGGCUGGCCGGACCGAGCGUCCUACCGCGGAGUCACUCGAGCUCAAGUGUACACUCAGCCCCCUCAUGAGGGGCAGUCACACAUCAAAGAGGUCGUUAGAAAAAUGAUCUCCCAAGCACAAAAGGUUAUUGCAAUUGCCAUGGACUUGUUCACAGACAUUGACAUCUUCAAAGAUCUCCUGGAUGCAAGCUACAAACGGAAAGUUUCUGUUUACAUUGUGUUGGAGACCACCGGAGUGAAGCACUUCCUGAGAAUGUGUGAGAAAGCAGGCAUGCACACAGGACACCUCAAGAACUUGAGAGUGCGCAGCAUUAGAGGGGCAGACUUUUUCAGUCGAUUCUCAAAGAGAGUGUGUGGAAGCCAAAGCCAGAAGUUCAUGUUUAUUGACGGAGACAAAGCAGUCUCAGGGUCAUAUAGUUUCACAUGGUCUGCCUCUAGACUGGACAGAAACCUCAUCACAGUUCUCACUGGCCAAGCAGUCGACACAUUUGACUUAUUGUUUCAGGAUAUGUACAUGAUGUCUAAUGGAGUGUGUCUGAGCAAGAUUAAUCUGAGCAGUGAGCCUGAACCUGAGUUCCUCCCUAAAGUGGUACCCAUUCUACUCCCCUCAGCCACCACAGCACUCAAGCUCAUUAAUCCAAAAUACACUCUUGUCUCCAACUGUGCAUUCACUACCAACGGACCUACAUCUAACCAGACAAGUGCCAAGAACAGCACUUCCAAGAAUCAGACGGAAGUCAUCAAACAAAUGAAAGAGACACCAGUGGUGCCACCGGUUCACCCGGGACUGCUCAACCUGGAAAAGGCAAACAUGAUAAAUUAUGUGCCGACCUGGCCGGAUCCUGACCCACCGAGUGAUGUCAUUGGUUUCAUUAACAUAAGAGACUCCAGCAAGCCAUUGCAAGCUCACCUAAUGCGUUCAGAACUGUUUGAAGUGUCUCAAGCCAUCCGAUUCAAGGAUCCUUUUCUUGAGGCAAAGGAGUCUUUAUAUCUGAGGGCUUGUCCUGGACCCAUAUCCCAAACUCCCUCUUUUCCUGAAGCUCCAGCUCAGAAACAAACAUCAGGUGAAGCGCAGAAGAGUUUUGAUCCAAAUCAACAUCAAAGAAGCAGCCGGAAUGAGACAGUUAUCUCGCCUUCUGAGAAGCUGGAAAGAGUGCAUGUGCUUGCCUGUAAGAAAGUAAAUAAAGAGGAACUAUGUGUGAUGGAAAAAGAGGUGUACUCUAUAUCUUUGCAGAGCAAAAGCACUAUUAAAGAGAAAGACAUUCCCAGGACAAUUUCAUCUUUGGCUCAAGACGAUACAGAUACAAAGCAAGCUCUGGACAAUCUACAACCUCCAAAAUGUCCUGCCCAAACCUCAGAGGAUCUUGACAUGAAAUCAUCAUCAUCAGCGAUGCCCAACAAAAGUCAUCAUGACUCAUUUGCCCUCAUAGACACUCCUUCUGUUAAGCAAAGCCUAGAUGACCAAGUCAUAAAUGAUGUUGCCACUCGAGACCACAGCGAUGCUAAUCCAGACACAAACCAAAAUGGCUGGAAAGGUACACAGACGUCUAACUUUGGCUCCAGCAUCUCUUCAUUGUCUGAUGAAUACUAUGAGUGUUUUAGCCCUGGUGCUGACUUUAGGUCUGUAGGAGAUGUCUUUUUGCCUGAAAUUAAAAAAGAAUAUUUGCACAAUUCGAUCCAAAACAGUGACAGAGAGCAGGAAGUUCCUUGUUCAAAUUCACCCCCAGCUCAAGACGCUACAGACUUGGCUAAUAAACAGAACUUGUUUAUUCCCAAACUUUUAAAAAGAUCUUGCAGUAUUGUUUUCAGUUACUUAUCUGCAGGCAUCAAAACAACAGCUGCAACUUCCAAAACCUGUAAAAUAGCUGAGAAAACUGCAAAACCACCACUGCAGGGCUUUCAACCUGAGGUAAGUCUAGGUUUGAUAUGUAAGGCACAGUGUUUCCAGUUAUCUGAGACUACCACUAAACCACCACUGCAUGACUCUCAGUCUGGGGAAAGUCCAGAUUUAAUGCUCAAACCUUCAAAGGUGAAUGCUAACGCACAGUUGUUAACAGACAAUGCAUUUAGGAGCUCAACACUGCAAGAUAAAGCAGAUGUAACUCCUGUAAUUCCAGAGAAGACCAAGGCAACAAAGUCCAUCGAGUUCCCUAAGAGUGAAGAACUGCAAAACCCAUCGACUGAUUUAGAUUCUGGAUCAAAUCAUCCACUCAACCUUAAAUCCGAAGAGCAUGUGAAUGAGCAUUUAAAACUGCAGAGUGAUGAAGUCAGUCCGGCUGUGUUAAAGAGGAAAUCCGAGGACCACAAUCUUCAAGAGAAAGUACCAGAACAGUUUGAAAUCAUUGAGCUGCUGAUAUUAGAGGAUUCAGACUCUCAGGAGACAGAGCUGAACUAUUCUGAACCCAUAGGACCUGCACUGAGAAAUCAAACAAAAAUGAGCAAAACUGAGCCUAUAGAACCAAAGACUAUAAAUUGUAGAAAAUCUAAAGAGAAUAAGCUUGUUCAUGAUGUUUACAGUAGGCAUAGAAAGAAAAUGUGUCACCCGACAGCGCUGAUUGAUGAGAAACAAGAAGGGGAACAUAUUUGUUCAAAUCAGAUGAACAAGAACCUGCCAGAGGCCAAACCCAAGCUGGAGUGUCUGGUUAGGAAGCAACCACAUCAACCAACAUCAAGAAUUCCAAUUCAAGCAAGAGGAGGGUUAACUAAGUUACCCAUCAGCAAAGCUGACACUAGCAAUCGUUCAUUUGGGCUUCAAGCUCCUAAAGCUGGCAUGCAUAUACACCCAUUAGGAAAACCAUUGGGGCAGAAUAAGCCCAGCAUUACAUCAUCUCCUUCUCCUGAAAAAUUGUCCCCAGGAGGAGUUGCUCCAGUUAGGUCAACACAAAGACCCCCUCGCACAGUCCCUGCACCAAAUGGUUCCACUUCUCCCUCAAAACUGCCACAGGUCCAGCUGAUUGCACCUAAGAUUGGGCAGUCAGACCAGCCAAAUGUUUCCAGGAAACGCUCUGCAUCCUUAACAAAGUAUAGUUGCUCUUCUCCUGGAAUUUCCUGUCCAGCACAAGUAAGGAAGCAGGUGACUAAAGGGUCUGCACCAAACAAGUAGAAUAAGGCACCAAAUCGUUGCAUACUAGUUUCAUGAAUGUAAUAAUGUGCAAUAAAUAAAUAAAAAUGCUUAAAGGCCA